GAAUAGUACAAUUGCAAACAUCCAAAGGGUCAUGCUUUUCGAAAAUCGAAAUCAAGUACGUUCGAUAAAACCCAACGAGCUUCAGAAACACUCUCAGGACUCGAACAAGAUCGCGAGUGUGUUUACAGAUCAAUCACAGUCGAAUUAACGGUGCUGCAAAAUUAAAACUCAAAUUAACAAGACUAGAGAGGAAUGUUUUGAUGCCUUUUCUCUUGGCUUUCAUCGACAAUGUCUGGAGUACUUAAUUCUGGUGUGAACGGUUCAACAGCAACUUUUCCGGACGCCACUGGUAGAGCUUUUACCGCAGCGUUUUCUUCUCAGUUAGGUUCCUCUGUUGCUGAUAUGAAUCAAAAUGAUGGAAUAGAUGUACUAGGGUUGCGAAGCAUAAAUGGGAACUUCAACAUUCCUAGCAUGCCUGGCGCGUAUACGUCAAGAAAUUCUGGAUUAAAUGGUCCUUUGAAUGGUGUACAGCCACCUACAGGAAGUUUAUCUAAUGGACGAUACGCAGUAAACAAUCUUCCUGUUGCACUUUCUCAGCAUUCUGCUGCUAGCUCACUUGGACUUUCAGGACUUACAAACAAUGGAGGGUCAGGUAUGGGUCAAAGUUUAGGGAACAGAGAACACAUUAUAAGCUCAAUGGCGAUGAGUAACCUCGUUAACGGUGGAAACAUGGGAAGAAGUUUAAGCUCCGGUGGACUGAAUAUGCCCGGGGUUGCAUCUCGCUUGAAUUUAACCGCACCGCAAAUGGUAUCCCUUUUAGGAAAUUCGUACUCUGGUGGUGGAGGGCCGCUUUCACAAAAUCAAUUUCAAGCGGGGAAUAAUCACUUAAAUUCAAUGGCGUUGUUAUCUGAACUGAAUCGUGACCAUUCGUUUGACAUGAAUGAUUUCCCUCAGUUAAGUGGACAUCUUAGCUCUGCUGCUGGUUCUCAACGACAACUAGGGGGUUUGACACGUCGACAAAGUGUCGGUUUUAUGCAACAAAACCAAGAAUUUAGCAUUCAAAAUGAAGAUUUUCCGGCUUUACCUGGGUAUAAAGGCGGUAAUGAGUUUCCGGUCAAUAUACACCAGAAGGAACAGCUUCGUGACAAUACAGUGUCUAUGAUGCAAUCCCAGCAACAUUUGCCUGUCGGAAGAUCGAACGUGUUCAGUUUGGGAGGUGCGUAUUCAUCACAUCAACAGCAGCAGCAUGCUCCGAUUAAUGGUGGUGCAUCGUACCUUCCUACAAACACUCAAGAUCUCCAUUUUCAUAGUUCUGAGGCAAGAAACUCGGGGAUGCUUGCCACUGGAUCAAGACCUGUAAACUUAUCGAACACAGUGUCAGGUGGCGGUGGCGGGUCAUACGAUCAACUGAUGCAACAGUAUCAACACUUUCAGAAACAGUCACAGAUACGCCUUGCGGGCCCAUUUAGAGACCCGGACACGAAGCCCACCCAGUUAUCCCAAUCUAAUGCCGAUAGAUUUGGAUUGCUAGGGUUAUUGAACGUCAUAAGGAUGAAUAAUCCUGAUUUGACCCCUCUUGCUUUGGGUAUUGACCUAAUGACGCUUGGUCUAAACUUGAAUUCCGCUGAUAAUCUCUACAAGAAAUUUUCAUCUCCGUGGUCUGAUGAGUCUGCAAAGGGGGAGCCUCAUUAUUCCGUUCCUGAGUGUUUCAAUACCAAACAAUCAUCUCCCCUAAACCAAGAUAGUUUCUCAAGAUUUUCUCCUGAGACUUUGUUUUAUAUUUUCUAUAGCAUGCCAAAGGAUGAGGCUCAGUUGUUUGCAGCUAAUGAAUUGCACAAUAGAGGAUGGUUUUACCACAGGGAGCUGCGUCUAUGGUUCUCAAGGGCUCCAAACAUGGAAUUGCUAGUAAAGACGAGUACUUAUGAAAGAGGUUGUUACUACUGUUUCGAUCCCAACACCUGGGAAACAAUUCGAAAGGACAACUUUGUUGUUCAAUAUGAAAUGGUAGAAGACCGGCCGGUGGUUCCCCGUCAUUAGUUUCAGAAGUGUCUGAUAAUCUAAGAAAGAGAAGUUGAUGAGUUAAAAUCUUUUAGAAGUUAUACUAGAAGAACUAAGAAAGUUAGUAAAUUGAAAUGGUUUGGUGCAUAAUGCCAAGAGUUUACAAAGUAAUGUGCCAGUUCAGAUAUGUUUAAAUCUUGAUAUAAAAAGUUGGACCACUUGCAUGGUUUCUCUAUUGGAGAUACAUAAACAAGUCUGUCCCGAGCCUGACUAAGCUUGAGCUUGACUAGUGAGUACGUUUACAAGCUUGGUAUGUUUAUUAUUUAGAUAACUUUUAUAAAUUAAUGCAAUUAUAUAUAUAAUAAUAAAAUAAACUUUAAUUA